GGCGUUUGAAAUCCAAAUUUUUCGCGCACACACGUCGGUCUUUUCGUGAUGAUUUGUGAAUGUCCCCACUGACACAGUUUCUCGUGCACCCGAGCACAAAUUCUACCAGACCUUAUAGAAGCCAUCGCCAAGACUGUUGUGAGACGGCAAUCUUUUGUGAAGAAGCACGUUGUACCACCUUUCCACAGUCCACCUGGUCGCGCUAGGCCCGCCUAGUCCCACUCUGUGACUACGGCAGAUUACGAAGUACGGUCCACCUAACCUCCAAGAAAAUGUCCGUCUCACUGAUUACGCGGAUCAACGUAGCCGUUCAAAGACUCAAACAGUCUUUAAUAUUCGCUUUCGGACAUCCGCCAGAUGCGUUUUGCCUCGCUGGUAUCGAAGUCGAUCGUCUGCCCCAGAAGGGCCCCCGAUGGUCGCUGAAGGACGUGAUAGGCGAUGGCUUCCUGUGGGCCCAGCCGAAAAGCAGGAGAUCCUUGGAGAAGAGGAUGAAAAGGAGAUAUGGGCAUCCCGACUAUAUUAUGAAAAUCCUCACUCCCAGGACCGAUUUGAGGACUUGCAACGUUUGCGGGGACGAUCAUGAAGCAGGAGUACUGUGUCCAACUUGUUACAAGAAGGUCAUUGAUGAAACCAAAGCGAUGCAGGAUGCCAUACAAAACGAAUUGAAACUAGAGCCCGUGGAAAAAGAAGUAGUAGUGCUCUAUGAAGGCGAAAAGGAUGGUGAACCAGAGGAGUUCUUCGAAGGAAAGAGAAUUGUAGAAAUGAAGAGGGAGAGGCCGUCGUGGUUCAGCAAAAACUUACUUCAAAAAAGUACUCAGAAGGGAGCCACCACUACUGAAGUCAAACCAUCUGAAUUGGGAUGAAGAAAUACUUUACAAUUGGAAUUCACAAGAAAUAAAAUUAUGUGGAUGUGAUCUUUUGAUAGUUCUUAUGUAGUUUUACAUAAAUAAGUUUUGUAAGAAAAGAAUAUAAAAGGUUUUGUGUUGUAGCACAUUAUAACUUUGAUUCUGUGA